GGUAGGCGAUAAGUUUGUGUAUGUAGCUAGGACAGUGAGGGCCGGAAUUUUGUAGGUGUGUCAUAGUGGAUACGAAAUAAUUAUGUUAAUAUUUGUAAAUAGCGAAGUAGUAACAAUGUGCUCGUGCGAUUUUCACUCGCGUAUCCAGUGUCAUUCGCCCGAGUUUAGUUAAUGCAAGUGUGCGGAUAUUUCCUAGGGGGUUAGAACAUCUUCAUGGAAUUGUACGUAUAGUUUUCCGGGUGUUUGUGCUAAUAAUCGAACCGUCAAGAUGUGGAACAUGAUGUGCGAUGUUAUGCCGACAAUCUCUGAGGACAGCAUUAGCCAGAGAUCGUCGCAGUUCUCUAGUGAGGAUGCGAAUUUCGAACAGCUUAUGGUCCAAAUGCUGGACGAGAGGGACAAACUCAUGGACAGUCUCAGGGAAACACAGGAGCGGCUCGGCGAGACCGAAAUGAAGCUGGUGGACGUCGAAAAAGAGAGGGACUCUCUUCAGCGACAGAUCGCAGCGAAUUUGCCACAGGAAUUCGCCGCCCUAACGAAAGAACUGAACGCCGCCCGGGACAAGCUCCUGGAACGGGAAGAGGAAAUAUCGGAACUGAAGGCGGAACGGAACAACACUAGGUUAUUAUUAGAACAUUUGGAAUGUUUGGUGUCGCGACACGAGCGGUCCUUGAGGAUGACCGUGGUAAAGAGGCAGGCGGCCGCUCAAUCGGGCGUUUCCAGCGAAGUCGAAGUGCUCAAAGCUCUCAAGAGUUUAUUCGAACAUCACAAAGCCUUAGACGAAAAGGUUCGAGAGAGACUGAGAGUAGCGUUAGAGGGAAACUCCAAGUUAGAAGAGGAACUAGCUGCAACCAAAGAAGAACUGCAACAAUACAAACAAGGACUUAUACCAACCAAUGUACCUGCUGUCGAAGACAAGCCCAAAGAAAACGGACAAGUUGAAAUAGGGGACCAAAUAAUAAAUGUUAACAAUAAGGCUGCGCAGAAGCCCAGACUCACCAAUGGGGGCGUCGAGGCGACAGACACAGACAGCGCCGCCCGAAUUGCCGACCUACAAACGGCGCUCGAACAGCAGACUGGCGAGAUUAACACGUGGCAGCGGCGCGUCGUGGAGAUGCAGAACCGCGUCGGUGAGCUGGAGGAGAACUUGGCCAAGGCCCAGAAAGAGCUGCUCAAAUCGCAGGAUGCCAACUCGAAGCUGCAGCGCGACCUUCGGGAGAACGUGGCCCAGAAGGAGGACCAGGAGGAACGUAUAGCGACUCUGGAGAAGCGGUAUUUGAACGCGCAGCGCGAGUCCACGUCGCUGCACGACCUCAACGAGAAACUCGAACAGGAACUGCAGCACAAGGAGGCUCAGAUCAAGUUGCACGAAGAGAAGAUUGCCGCCAUUCAAGAGAAACUUGAACUGGCCGAGCAGAAACUUGCACAGUAUUCAAAGUUACCGGAAAUCGAGGAACAACUGAAGCAGCGCAUGGAGGCGCUGAAUCAGGUGAGACCCCAGGCGCAAGAACGUCACGGCUCCGCCGAAGACCGUAUCCAGCGGCUGGAGGCGAACCUCGACGAAAAGAAUGCCGAACUGGUCCGGCUGAAUCAGCGUCUCAAGAUGAACGAGGACCACAACUCACGGCUGUCGGCCACCGUCGACAAGCUGCUGUCGGAGUCCAACGAUAGGCUGCAGGAUCACCUCAAAGAGAGGAUGCACGCGUUGCAAGAGAAGAACAACCUCACGCAGGAGCUGGACAAGACACGGAAGCUCAUGGAGGACUUGGAAUGUCAGAAGGGUGACAUCAUGAAGGAACUGGCCAAGUCCCGGCUGGAGAUCGACAACGUUAAGAGGCAGAUGCUACAGCAGGAGAUCGCCUACAAUAUUCAGCAAACGGAUGCCCUCACGAGGUCAUUGUCACCCAACGGAGUAGACCCCAACGGCUUUUCACGUAGCGCUAGUCAUUCGAGUUUCGACACACACUCGCUGCCCCGUAGACAGAACAAGAGUCGAACACCCAUCGAUGAGGAGCCGAAAAUGCCGUUCCCCUCUCGAUCGAUGGCCGAACACGAGUGGGAGAAACUGCAACAAGCCCACGUCUUAGCCAACGUACAACAAGCGUUUGACGUGUCCAGCGAUGCGGAGGGCGACGACAACGACAGCAUCUUCAGCACGGCCGACAUGCUGUCGCCGUCGGGCCACACCGACGCCCAAACCUUGGCCAUGAUGCUUCAGGAUCAGUUGGACGCCAUCAACAACGAGAUCCGUCUGAUCCAGGAGGAGAAGCAGAACACGGAGGCGCGGGCCGAGGAGCUGGAAUCCCGCGUUGGCAGCAUGGAACACAUGAAUCUGCUGGCGCGUGGUCGCAGUCUCGAACGACAAAGUCCACCUGUAAGCGGUAGAUCGACGCCUAAGUCGCACCACUCGCCGCAAAGGGACUAUUUGCAUAAGUAUCACACGGCACCAGCAUCAAUGUCUCCGGCGCAUUUGCAACAAUAUCAUUCCACACUGAGUCCCGGCACGUUAUCAGAAUCAUUGCCGUCUAGUCAGCUGCAGUUGGCACCGCUUUCAUCCGAGAUGUCCAGGGAGGACAUGCAUAUGGGAGACAGCAGCAGUGGCGGUGGCGCCUCUCCUCUGACGGCGAGGUCCAUGCGACUUGAGAGGGUGGCACAAGCACUAGCUCAUAGCCAAGAAGAACUCAGAAGUGUGUUUAGGCACGGACAGACACACACACCUCCAUCACCAUUGUCUUCUCGUCACAGCAGCCAGGAGAGCCUGCACAAGAACAGUCUGGGUGGCGGUCUUGGCGGUGUCGGAACGCCGGGUCGUGACGGCAGCAUGGUAGGCGUGUCCCGGGAUAUGUCGUCCGCUGCGCAGAAAAAGAAGGGCAUCAAGUCAUCUUUGGGACGAUUCUUUAGCAAAAAGGAAAAGGUGAAAGGAAAAGAAAUGGGUGGUACCGAAAGCAGCUUAACUCUUAGCCAAAGCAGUAUUGGUAUGGCUGAUGGAGAUAUCAGCGAUACAAUGAGCAUUUCGAGCAAAAUGGGCCAGAAGGGCGACUUCGAUCGCAGACAAAAGAAGAAGGAGCGUGAUUACAGACACGAGUUGUUGGCUGAGGCGAUGAAAGCAGGAACUCCAUUCGCUCUAUGGAAUGGACCAACGAUAGUGGCGUGGCUCGAACUGUGGGUUGGAAUGCCGGCCUGGUACGUGGCAGCAUGUCGGGCCAAUGUCAAAUCGGGUGCCAUCAUGAGCGCAUUAAGCGAUACUGAAAUUCAACGAGAGAUCGGUAUCAGCAACCCGCUGCAUCGGCUAAAACUAAGGCUGGCCAUUCAGGAGAUGGUGUCACUGACAUCGCCUUCGGCGCCGAAGACCUCACGCACAACUUUGGCCUUCGGCGACAUGAAUCACGAAUGGAUCGGCAACAGCUGGUUACCAGCCCUUGGUCUGCCCCAAUAUCGCACCACGUUCAUGGAGUGCCUGGUAGACGCCCGUAUGCUUGACCAUCUCACCAAAAAGGACCUUCGAGGGCAGCUCAAGAUGGUUGACAGCUUUCAUAGAACUAGUCUUCAGUAUGGCAUAUCAUGUUUAAAAAGGUUAAAUUACGAUAGACAUCUUUUAGAGGAGAGAAGGAAAAACUGUGAAAACUCCAUUUCGGACCUUCUAGUGUGGAGUAACGAACGACUAAUAAGAUGGGUAGCUACAAUAGGAUUAAAGGAAUAUUGUAAUAAUUUAUUAGAAUCAGGUAUACAUGGUGCUUUAAUUGCGUUGGAUGAGAAUUUCGAUGCGAACAACAUGGCUCUAGCGCUGCAAAUUCCAACACAAAAUACUCAAGCGAGGCAGACCCUAGACGCGGAAUUCAACGGACUGCUGCGUAUCGCGACUGAUCGUCGACCCGAGGACAUACGAUCCUGAUACGAGGCGACGACCGAUGUCAAGUAGACGACACGACUACGCAACACUCACUAACCAUGUAGUGUUCGACUGCGGCCAAGGCGCACCAAUGCAACCAACGCCUCCGGAAUCCCCGAUUGUAGACCCCAUCAAUGAGUAUGUGCCCCCUUGAACAGUCCACUUCGCCCCGCCAACCAGUCGGCCCUUUUUCAUGAAGUCGCGUACGCCGCAGUCCCUCAGGAUCCCCCGCACAUGCGCGCCGUAUAUGCCGGUUUUGCGAUCGUUUCUGGGGUGUUGGACGGGUUGGAGGCGGAUAUAAUUGUGCGUUGGUAUUGGUCGUUUUGUUGUUAAACAUUCGUGUAUAGGAAUUUACUCGUUUUAAUGUUUAAUUUUCUUUCACACAGAUUGUUAACUAUUAUUGUCACUAGUCAUACAUAAUAAAUGUAGUGUUGGAAAGUUUAAGUUAUGCUGAAAGACAAAAUUAAAUAAAGUAUUUUUAAUAUAUAAAUAACAAAGUUAAUACCCAAAAUAACUUGUUGUCCAAAUUAAAAAAAAAAUGUCAGUUGUUUCAUCAUAUUUACGAUGAAAUGGUGAUGAAACUUGGUAAUCACCAAAUAAGACAAUAUCAAAAUCUAAGUACAAGCAAAUACUAAAACAAAAAACAUGAUAAUUUUAUUAUUAUUUUUUAACAAGUAAUACGAUGUCACAUAAAUGACUACACUAAAGGUGAGUAAUAAUCUAUUACUAUUAUUAUUUGUCGAUGUGGGUGGCCCUUUUUUAUUUAGAGCAGAGUUGAAGUUAAUUUAGUUGAAUAAGUACAUCACAGAAUAUACUUGAGAACUGCACAAAUCUGCCUUCAACUCGAACAAUUCGUUUCUCGAAGGCGGGCGCGACUGCGGGGAAUCCUCGUUUGUACAAAUCCGAGACACAUGUGUAUGAUAUGACAUAUGAGCUUUAAUGAACUGAAAAUAAGAAACAAAAACCAGAACCUGUACCGUAAAUAACUUAUAGUAUUAUUAAUUGUACAUUAAAAUUGUUGUUUAUCUGUUGGGUUACCAGCGAGUAUAUUGUUGAAUGUGGCAGUUGGCGAUGGUCAGUAUUAAUCGGGUAGUUUUCAGUCGAUCCAAUCAAUUUACCAUUUCAAAGAUUUAGUGUAAAAUGGUGAGCAAUCGUUCGCCGGAUAAACAUUUCGAUUUUGUAAAAAUACAUAAAACAUCAGCUUUCAAAUGAACAAUUCGAUUGGCUUGACGAGGAACUGUACGAAACCCACGCGUGCCUCACCCGGUGCUGUCAAUCUGUUGAGCUUGUAGAACACUGUUUAUUUGCCGAUUUAUCUAGUACAAAGUGCGGUCCUGAUUGCAAAAUGUUUAAGGGUUUUUUUAUAUUUGUGAAACCCCAAUUGACUUAAUUUAGAAAGCCCCAAUAUUAGCGGUGAGAAUGAAUGGAUAAGAGAUUUUAAGCUUUUUACUAAACAACACACUAAUCUAAUCUGAUCUAACUAAAAAUCCGUGAUGUUGUACAUAGUUUUUGUUACAAGAUCAGACAUAGAUUUUAAAACCGUCAUUCCAUUUUGCAUUAAUCUGUACCAGUGAUCAUGUUCCCAUCAUAUCCAUUGAAUAUCAUUUAAAUAGAUUGCAAUCAGUGCCAAAAAAUCCGGUGUCCAGUAUCCCCUGUACAAGCUUCUGGAUGUGGAUGGAUGAUUUGUAUCUGAUUUGUACUCAGCUAUUUCACAUCUCGAUUAGCGCCAACUCGGCGGACUCACCAAAGAACUUGGACCUGUAACGUGUCCAAACAAUUGCGAAUGAGAUUUUUUUGGUGACUUCGUUCAGCUUGGAUUAGCGUAUCUCAUUCAGAGUGACAGUUAUUUCCGUUAAUCUAAUUCCACUAACUAACUACCUUACCGUAUUAUUAUACCAAUACAGUCAUUAGUUGUAAUAUUCUGUAUAUAUUAUACAGAUGAUAUAUUUUCAUGUUUUUUAUUACUAUUUAGUAUGUUUUAUACGAUGUUUGUAAUAUAUUUUUACUUGUUAUUUAUUUUUCAUCCUAAAUAUACAAUUGUGCUUAUAUUACCUGCUGUUAUUAACUGACACGGAGUGUCGCUUGCAACGCUCCGGAAAUGAUUGUCAUUAUUCGUAUUUGAUCUAAUGAUAGUGUUAAUUUAUGUAUAUAUUACAUAAAUACAAGGAAAAAUCGAAA